AUGUCUCCAGCUCCCGUUGUCAAUGAAACGCAGCCGGACCUGCAGCUUCGAACCUUAGCUCGGGCUCUUGAAGCUCUUUUGCUUUCCAUCCAACAACUUGGCUGCAAGGAAAGAUUGCUACAACAGAGGCUGAAAUAUGCACACGAUGAGUAUCUGAAACUCGCACAUCAACUUCCCACUGGGCCCAAUACCCGCACCAAGAUUAUCUCAGAGAAGAUACUUGGUCAUCAUUCCGAGUUCGAUUCCCUCCAUAACCAAUCCCUAAACCCCUUGGAUGUAGUCAACGCACUCGCAGAGUCCGGAAACGUAGGAAAAGGGGCACUCGCCGCUAUAACAGAAGGGCUUGAGUGCUGCAGAUCAAUAAACCACCCGCAAGAAGACAACCAGCUCUCUGACCUCAACUCAUGUUACGUUGCGACGAGAGCUGGUUUACCGGGUCAGUUAGAGAAAGACUUCACCACGAAGGGCACGCACGGAGAUUUGCGUUGUCCCUUUGUGAAGCCCAACAAUAAACCCCUUGAAAACGGGGAGCCUAAUGGGUUAGAGGAAGCCCUUGCAACUCAAAACGGUGACACGUGUGGGCUCAAAGACCUUGAUCCCAUCAAAGCCGAACAGAGUGAUAGACGUUCUAGUUUAACUACAUCUGCGAAAUCCGGUGCAACGCACUGUCCCGUUUCCAGAUGCCCCAUCAGAUUCAUGGACCAGCACAGUCCGGAGGAAAUCGCCGACUAUGUCGAGAGACACAAGCAUGAGAUUCCGCGGAGCCAUGCGGUCUGUGUACAACGGUACCAGAGAGACGAGCAAACGAUGCGGCUACUCGACUCCAAAUAUGGUAGUCUUAUCAAUAUGAUUCGAGGCCUGUCAGCGAAACACCAAGCAUUCCUGCCAGGCCACAGUCAGGAUGGUGCCCCUUCGUCUACCUCCUCUGUUGAACGGGUCGAGAAAUGGGCGGAGGGCGUUGGGAUGAAAUCACCCGGGUCUGAAACACCCGAAUCUGCCAAAGAGGAGGACGGAGAUGAAAACGAGGAACAAGUGGAUAUAAACGAUGAAGAUGACAGGAAAGGUCGGUUUGACCGUCCGCUACGUGAAGUCCGCGUUGGAGAGUCCCCGAGCAGGCCUUGGGGGAUCCAUGUUCCUGCUACACAGCCUUUCCCAUCUGCUACGCCUUCGCCGCCGCCUGCCCCGGUCUCAGUCUCCAUUCGCCUGUCGUCAGACAGACCGUCUGACCAUCCUGCUGGAGUGGACGCUGUUGACCACAUCCCUGACCACAUGGCACUCCCACCCGCCGGUCAGAGGACUGGUCGGUGUCCUUUUGGCCAUGGUGCCCCCCAGGUGAACGAACCGGCGCCUGAUCCCGAAACCGAGACCAUUCGCGAUGAAUUCCAUAAGGAUGAAGUCGGAGAUACCAUCCGGCCUAGUCACCAGGACGAUGCAGACGAUCAAGUCCAGAAUGGCAGAGCCACGAACUCGUCCGCUAAUAUCGUCUUCAACGGGCCGGUGUUUUUUGGAUUCUCUCCUGAACAGACUGCGGCUUUUCUCCAGCAAUUAGGCAAUCUGGGUGUACAUAAGCCUACAACGACAUGA